AUGGCUGGUCUUUUCAACCGCGCACUCGUCAAGAAAUGGGUUCCUAUCGAGGUCCUCCCCAUCAUCGGUAUCUGCGGCAUGGCCGUCGGAGGUGCUACCUUCUACCUGUACCGUUUGAGCCAGGGAUCAGAGGUUGUCUGGGACCGUUCGGGUGACUGGCGGCCGUGGGACAAGGUCAAGCACGACCAGAACAUCAAGUUCCUUUCGUACAACCAGGACUUCUGGGCGCAGCGCAAGCUCGAGCGGGCCGAGCGCGAGGGCAAGCGGAUCGUCGAUGCCAUUUAG